AUGUAUUCGAACGAAGAACCGUGGGAUGGCGGCUACGAAGAAUACGGCUACGAGAUGGGUAUGCCGGAUGAUGGCAUGUACGAACGGGGCUACUUUCCGAUGCACGAGGAUGUGAAAAAGUUUCUGAUGUACUUCUGCACCGUUAUCAAGGACGGUGUGGUGUAUGAAAUUCAGAACUUGUACGAAAACACCUUCCCCAAGCUGAGCGAGCAGCACUUCGAGAAGAAAGCUUGGCCAAGCGAGGAAGAGGUGGCCCAUCUGGUAGACAACGACAAUCUGUUCUUGAUCCUGUACAAGGAACUGUACUACCGUCACUUGCACGCACGCAUCCAGGGCGGACCUUCGUUGGAGCAGCGACUGAAUUCGUUCUACAAUUAUUGUAACUUUUUCAACUACAUCCUUCCGUCGAAGGAACCGGUCCAGCUGGAAUUGCCCGACAUCUGGCUGUGGGAGUUGAUCGACGAGUUCGUGUAUCAGUUCCAAAACUUUGCGCAAUACCGUGCUCGGCUGACGGACAAGACGGACGAAGAGAUGGACAUGUUGCUGAACAACAACAGCAAGGUGUGGAACAUCCUGUGCAUCCUGAACGUGCUGCACUCGCUUGUAUCGAUGUCCAAGAUUAAGGAUCAGCUGGAGGCGGCAGCUGCGGGUAAGGACCCGGAAGCAGUUGCGGGUGAGUUUGGUCGUCAUUCGUUCUACAAGAUGCUGGGAUACUUUAGCUUGGUGGGAUUGUUGCGUGUGCACUCGCUGCUCGGCGAUUACCAUCAAGCGAUUAAGGUACUGGAACCGAUCGAAAUUCACAAGAAGAGCCAGUACUCGCACAUUCCGUCGUGCCAGAUCAGCACGUCGUACUAUGUCGGUUUCGCGUACAUGAUGAUGCGUCGCUACUCGGACGCGAUCCGUACGUUCUCGUCGAUCCUGCUGUACAUUCAACGUACCAAGCAGCUGUACAGUGCCCGUUCGUACCAGAAUGACCAGAUCAACAAGCAGACGGACCAGAUGUACCAUCUGCUUGCUAUCUGUUUGGUGCUGCAUCCGCAAUGCAUCGACGAAUCUAUCCAGCAGGUGCUGCGCGAGAAGAACUAUCACGACAACAUGUACAAGAUGCAGUGCGGAGAUUUGGAUGUGUUCCGCAAUUUCUUCGUGUUUGCCUGUCCGAAGUUCGUGUCGCCCGUUCCACCACCACCGGAUGCACCGAUCGAUGACUACGUGAAGGAAGCGCUCGAGCAUCAGAUAAACGUGUUCAUGGACGAAGUUAUACAGCAGCAGGAGUUGCCAACCAUUCGCUCGUAUCUGAAGCUGUACACGACUCUGCCGAUUAUGAAGUUGGCCGCGUUCAUGGAUCGUCUGCCCCGAGACGAGGUGGACAAGCAGAAGGUGGAGAAUCUGCUUACCCGAUUGCUGUGCUUCAAGCACAAGAUGAAGAACAUCGUGUGGACGAAGGGCUCCAGCGGUCUGGAAGGCAAGUUCCAGUCUGGUUCGGAGUUGGACUUUUAUAUCGACAAGGACAUGAUCCACAUUGCCGAUACGAAAGUGUCGCAUCGUUACGGUGACUUUUUUAUACGUAAAGUAAUGAAAUUUGAGGAUCUGAACCGCCGUCUUCACGCCAUCAAGGGUUAA